UACUCUGCAGCAUGUGGGAUCUUCCUGGAGCAGGGAUCGAACCCGUGUCCCCUGCAUUGGCAGGUGGGUUCUUAACCACUGCACCACCUAGGAAGCCCCAACAGAAGUUUUAAUAUAACUUAAGUGCGGGUAGUUUUUGACUCACCCUCGUAUAUGUGUAUAUAUAUUUCAGAUUUUUUUCCAUUAUAGGUUAUUAGAAGAUAUUGAAUGUAAUUCCUUACACUAUACAGCAAGUCAUUGUUGCUUAUCUGUUUUGUGUAUGGCAGUUUGUAACUGUUAAUCCCAUACUUCUAAUUUAUCCACCCCAUCCCCCUUUUCCCAACAACCGUAAGUUUGUUUCCUAUGUUUGUGAAUCUGUUUCUGUUUUGUAUAGACUCAUUUGUAUUAUUCUUUUAUUCUAAAUAUACAUGUUAUUAUAUAGUAUGUCUUUGAUUUAUUUCACUAAGUAUAAUAUCCUGUAGCUCCAUUCAUGUUGCUGCAGAUGGCAGUAUUUCAUUCUAUUUUAUGGCUGAGUAAUAUUCCAUUGUAUAUGGAUGAUUAGUAUACCACAUCUUAAACCAAUUAUCUGUUGAUGGGCACUUGGGCUGUUUCCACGGCUUGGCUGUUAUAAAUAGUGCUGCUAUGAACAUUGGGGUGCAAUGUAUCUUUUUGAACUAGAGUUUUCAUCUUUUCUGGGUAUACACCCAGGAGUGGGAUUGCUGGAUCAUAUGGUAGCUCUAUUUUUAGUUUAAGGAAUCUCCAUACUGUAUCCCAUAGUGGCUGCACCAAUUUACAUUCCCACCAACAGUGUAGAAGGGUUCCCUUUUCUCCACAUCCUCGCCAGCAUUUAUUUGUAGACUUUUUGAUGAUAGCCAUUCUGACUAAUGUGGGGUGAUACUUCAUUGUGGUUUUGAUUUGCAUUUCUGUAAUAAUUAGCGAUGUUGCACAUCUUUUCAUGUGUCUGUUGGCUAUCUGUAUGUCUUCUUUGGAAAAAUGUCUAUUUAGGUCUUCAUAUUCUGUCUUUUUAGUUGUUUUUGGUGUGAGGGUAAGUCCCUUUUACUCUGUCUCUUGAAUCAGAAGGGCUAGUAUUAUACAUGAAAGGAACAAAUUUAUAUUUUAAAAAAUAUAUUUUAUGUUAGACUUUACCUAUUCCAUUAAGUACUCUUUCCCCGCAUUACUGCCAAUUGCUGAAACUUAGUGAUGUUUUUGUUUAAUCCAUUUCUUAUUCCCCAAAUAAUUCAGCUGUUAAAAUAAAGACUCCUCCAACUAAAAUUUAAAAAAUGAAAAGAAGAAAAAAAUCCAAAUUUUGAAAGUAUGUGUUGUUGAGUUAAAAGUUAGUAAAACCUCUCUGGUUUUCAUGGUUAAAAGGAGUUGCUGCAGGAGUGGUGAGUAGAAACCCAAGAUAAUCAAGGAAAACAAAGAUGAGCCUCAUCUAUGGACUGCAGUCUGCUGCUAGAAACUGUGUUUUCUUCCGGUUUAACUUACUGACCAACUGGAGAAAAUGUAACACACAAGCUGUAACCUCACUGGACUGUCAUCAAGUGAAAGUUAACCAUAUAGUAAAUAAGUCUCCGGGCCUGGGAGUAAAUCAGGGUGAUAGAUGGACUUUUCUGCCUGAAAAGUUUCAUUUCUAUAGGACUUUUAAUAACAAAAGAACAGGCUGCGUCUUGAGCACCAGAAGUAAGGAAAUUUGGAUGAUUACCCAGAAAUGUACUGCAUGGAAUAACUCUUUUUCAAGACAGCUACUGAUGAAAGAUGUUCCCAUAGUUCCUGCUCUUUCAGUGUUACAUCCUCUAAACUGUGUACCCACAAGAGACAUCAGGAGUUUCCACACUUCUCCACGGUUUCAAGCUGCUCCGGUUCCUCUCUUGUUGAUGAUUCUUAAACCAGUGCAGAAGCUACUUGCAAUCAUUGUGGGCAGGGGCAUAAGGAAAUGGUGGCGGGCACUUCCUCCUAACAAGAAGGAACUAUUUAAAGAAAGUGUAAGGAAGAAUAAAUGGAAGUUAUUCCUUGGUUUGAGUAGUUUUGGAUUGCUUUUUGUAGCGUUUUAUUUUACACACCUGGAAGUGAGUCCAGUCACAGGAAGGAGCAAGCUACUGUUAUUGGGGAAAGAACAUUUCAGACUUUUAUCAGAACUGGAAUACGAAGCAUGGAUGGAAGAAUUUAAAAAUGAAAUGUUAACUGAGAAGGACCCCCGAUACGUGGCUGUUAAAGAAGUGGUUCAUCAUUUAAUUGAAUGCAAUAAAGAUAUUCCAGGGAUCUCUGAGAUCAAUUGGAUUAUUCAUGUGGUUGAUUCCCCAGACAUAAAUGCCUUUGUGCUACCAAAUGGACAAGUGUUUGUCUUCACUGGGCUUUUAAAUAGUGUGACUGAUAUUCAUCAGCUUUCCUUCCUUUUGGGCCAUGAAAUAGCACAUGCAGUACUUGAGCAUGCCGCAGAAAAGGCUAGCUUGGUUCAUUUAUUGGAUUUCCUAGGUCUGAUUUUUCUCACAAUGAUUUGGGCCAUUUGUCCUCGAGAUAGUUUGGCACUUUUGGGCCAGUGGAUACAGUCUAAAUUGCAGGAGUUUUUGUUUGAUAGACCAUAUAGUAGAACACUGGAGGCUGAAGCUGACAAAAUUGGACUACAGCUUGCUGCAAAGGCUUGUGUGGACGUCAGAGCCAGUUCAGUGUUUUGGCAGCAAAUGGAAUUUGCAGAAAGCCUCCAUGGUCAUCCCAAGUUGCCAGAAUGGUUAUCUACUCACCCUUCUCAUGGAAAUCGAGCUGAGCACUUGGACAGACUCAUACCUCAGGCUCUCAAAAUUAGAGAGAUCUGUAAUUGCCCACCCCUUUCUGGACCAGACCCUCGAUUACUGUUCAAACUCAGCAUGAAGAAUUUUCUUGAAGAAGCAGGGAAAGAAGACCUAAAUAUCACUGUUAAACAGAAGGUGGAUACUCUUCCCAUUCAAAAUCAGAAGCACAUACCAUUAACAUGUAUAGUUGAGAAAAGAACUGGCAAUUGAAUUAAAAUUUAUGAGACACAGGAUAUAUGAAGAAUGCAGCAAUCCUUAUCAUUUUCAUGUUACUUUGUAAAAAAUUAUGUUUGAAAUGAAAAAAAAAAGGAUACUCAGGGUCAAAUCAUGUAUAUUACAGGUAUUAUCUAAAUUCUUAUACUGGGUAUUUACUUUUCAUGAAAUAUUGAUAUAUUUUAAUCUGUUUUAAAAUAUCUUCAAUGAGGACGAUGUCACAGAAUAAAUUUAUAUUACACAUUU